CAUUUUAAGUCCAAAACGCCACUGUAAUUCUUCUUCAUUUCACUUCUCUCAAUCUCUCUUAGCUUCCAAUUCUUUGAAAUUUGAGUUUAUCUUUUCAGCUUCUGCUUACCCAUAUCAUUUCCCAGCUCCUGCAACGCUUUCUUGUCUAGGGUUUUGUGAUUCUAAUCUCUCCUAGGUUUUUCUGUUGAACCACAUGGCGACCAUGGAAAGCCUCAUUGGCCUCGUCAAUCGCAUACAGAGAGCUUGUACUGCUCUCGGCGACCACGGAGGUGACGAAUCCGCGUUUUCCUCUCUCUGGGAUGCUCUUCCUUCUGUCGCCGUUGUUGGUGGUCAGAGUUCUGGAAAAUCUUCUGUGUUAGAAAGCAUUGUUGGAAGAGACUUCCUUCCUAGAGGAUCCGGGAUUGUAACGAGGAGGCCAUUGGUCUUACAGCUAUACAAAUUAGAUGAUGGACAUGACUAUGCUGAGUUUUCCCAUCUUCCUCGAAGGAAAUUCACAGAUUUCUCUCUUGUUCGUAAGGAAAUUCAGGAUGAAACUGAUAGGGUGACUGGGAAGUCUAAACAGAUUUCUCCUGUUCCUAUUCAUCUCAGUAUUUAUUCCACAAAUGUUGUGAACUUAACCUUAAUCGAUUUGCCUGGCCUGACAAAAGUAGCUGUUGAGGGUCAACCCGAAAAUAUUGUACAAGAGAUUGAAAACAUGGUGCGAUCUUAUGUUGAAAAGCCCAACAGCAUUAUUCUGGCAAUAUCUCCUGCAAAUCAGGAUAUAGCAACAUCAGAUGCCAUCAAGCUUGCGAGAGAAGUAGAUCCAGCAGGUGAUCGCACAUUUGGGGUUUUGACCAAAUUGGACUUGAUGGACAAAGGAACUAAUGCAUUAGAUGUCCUGGAAGGAAAAUCAUAUCGUUUGCAGCAUCCUUGGGUUGGUAUUGUGAAUCGUUCACAAGCUGAUAUAAACAAAAACGUAGACAUGGUUGCAGCUAGGAGGAAGGAACGUGAAUAUUUUGCUACAAGUUCUGAUUAUGGUCACUUAGUCAGUAAAAUGGGUUCAGAAUACCUUGCAAAGCUUCUAUCAAAGCACCUGGAAUCUGUAAUCAGGGCGCGUCUGCCAAGUAUCACCUCAUUGAUCAGCAAAAACAUUGACGAGCUUGAAUCUGAGAUGAACCAUCUUGGCCGACCUAUUGCUCUUGAUUCAGGGGCUCAGUUAUACACUAUUUUGGAGCUUUGUCGUGCCUUUGACCGGAUAUUUAAGGAGCAUCUUGAGGGAGGGCGGCCAGGUGGUGAUCGUAUAUAUGGUGUAUUUGAUAACCAGCUUCCAGCUGCAUUGAGGAAGCUUCCAUUUGAUCGACACCUCUCAGUGCAGAGUGUGAAGAAACUCAUUUCAGAGGCUGACGGUUACCAACCCCACUUGAUUGCUCCAGAGCAGGGAUAUAGACGCCUUAUUGAGGGAGCACUGACUUACUUCAGGGGCCCAGCCGAGGCAUCAGUUGAUGCUGUUCAUUUUGUGUUGAAGGAACUUGUUAGAAAGUCGAUAGGAGAAACACAGGAAUUGAGGAGGUUCCCUACAUUGCAAGGGGAGAUAGCUGGAGCAGCUGGUGAAGCAUUGGAAAGGUUUAGAGACGAGAGUAAGAAGACAGUUAUCAGAAUGGUGGAGAUGGAAUCUUCUUAUCUCACGGUGGAUUUCUUCCGGAAACUUCCUCUCGAAGUAGAGAAAGGAGUAGGAAACAACCCAACAGCCGCAGCAGGAGCGAAUAAUAAUAAUGUGGAUAGAUACAAUGAAGGUCAUUUCAGGAGGAUAGCACUAAAUGUCGCUUCUUAUGUGGGAAUGGUAUCCGAGACUCUGAGGAACACUAUUCCAAAGGCCGUGGUUUACUGUCAAGUUAGAGAGGCCAAAAAUUCACUGUUAAAUUAUUUCUAUACUCAAAUUGGCAAGAAGCAGGGUAAGCAGCUAUCUGAACUUUUGGAUGAAGAUCCAGCUUUAAUGGAAAGGAGGAUGAAAUGUUCAAAAAGACUUGAAUUAUACAAGUCUGCUCGCGACGAGAUUGAUUCCGUAUCAUGGGCUCGUUGAUGUGUUCUUGCUGCUACUGCUGGUAGUGGACCUAUUUUGAUUCAGCAUCUGUCUUUGUCUUUGUAUUAUUAUUAUGAUUAUUGAAUGUUGUAGUGGCUAUAUGAUAUUUUUAUUUGAUGAAGUCUUACUUUCAAUUU